AUGGCAACAACAGGUGGUAUUAAAGAGGUGGAAGGAUCAGCUAACAGUCUUGAAAUCGACGCUCUUGCUCGUUUUGCUGUUGAUGAUUACAACAAGAAACAUAAUUCGCUGUUGGAGUUCAAGAAGGUGCUGAACACGAAGCAGCAGGUGGUAUCUGGGACGAUUUACUAUAUAACCUUGGAGGUAACUGAAGGGGGUCACAACAAAGUGUAUGAAGCCAAGGUUUGGGAGAAGCCAUGGAUGAAUUUUAAGGAGGUUCAGGAAUUCAAGCUUGUUGGGGAUGCUCCUUCUGGCUCUAGCGCUUAG